AUGGCGUUUGUAUUUUGUUUGAAAGUGAGUAAAACGUCGCCUUGACAACGAUUUAGUGGUUUACUGAGGAAAUUGAUUGAUUUUUACUAUGAAUCUACUAAAUUAUGGAUGAUCCUCACAAAGUAACACCAGAAACAGCGGAUGCCAAGAACGUUCUUCCGGAUGUCGUGCAUUCCCAACAGAUACCCGCGCUAGGAUCGGUUGCAUGCGACGAUAAUCAAACCUUAGAAAAUAUACCAGUCGAUAACUCUCAAGUCAAUAGUCUCAAUCAUGAUGUUGGUGAUACUGAAACAGAGUCCAUAUCGGAGCACAUACCAUCAAGAGUGGACAGCUCUGUCACUGACUCUCUCAACACCACUACGAGUCACGAAUCUCAGGGUAUACUCAAAGUCGAAACAGAACAGGAGAAAGAGUCUGGAAAUGAUUUGAAUGCGGUGUUUCCGCACUCACUCACCAGCGAGAACCCCAGUAUUCAAGAACCUAGUAGACAAAGUACCUCUUGGCCUUUAGAUGUAAAUGCCAUUUCUGAUAUGCAUUUAAUUAGUGAAGAAAGCCCUGUCAACUUGGCCCUAUCUUCAGAUAUUUCCAAAGACAUUGAAACACAUGAGAGCAAGUCCCAGUCCCUAUUGGCAUCACAGAUUAGUCCUAAACAGUCUCCUGAAGAAUCUCCAAGGGAUGAUAAUUAUGAUGAUUCUCUUAAUGACGAAUUGAAUCUAAAAAACACUGAUACAGAAAAUUCAUUAGAAAAGUUUAACAAUGCUUUAGAACAAAAUGCUGAAUCUCUCGAAGGUCAAAGUUCGGGGUCUGAAGAGAUAAUAAAACUAGAUAUUAGGGGGUCAGGAGCACCAAAGUUCCAUCUGCCGACAGCCAAAAUAAUUUUUGGGCCUCCCCCAGAAGGGAGCACAGUUAUUGGAGCUAACAUAGAACCAAUUCCAGUUUUCCCAAAGCUCUUAUCUCCUUUUCUAGUGGGUACUGGGGACAGUGUUAAAGUUGAAGAGAUUUUUGACUUUGGUGAACAGCAAUCGAAGGAGCCUUCUCCAGAAAAGUCUUUGGAAUCAUCCACAUCUGAUAAAAGCUUGUCAAGUGACAAGAUAGAGCAGAAUGACUUGUUGGUCGAGGAAAUUGUAGUAGAUGAUGAUGCAAAGGAAAAAGAGACUGUUAAAGAUCCAUCAUUGACACCUCAGAAAUCAUUAGCACCGGAUGAUGUAUCACUGAGUACCUUGACAACAGAUUAUAAAACAAUUUGCGAGGCAUAUCACGAAAAGCUUGUGCACUUCGAAGACGCUAUCACACAACGCGACGAACUAAUCGAAGACCUGACCGUCUCAUUGCAGAGGUCGGUUCGGGAGCGCGAUGAAUUCAAACUUGAGAAUGAACACUUAGUAAAUGAGGUCCAGAAUUUACAACAUAUCCUAGGAGAAAUGUCUCAGUCAGACCAUGACACAGUCAAAGGACAGUUAUCUGACUUCAUGAAGUACCAGACCAUGGUGAAGGAUGACAGUACAAAAUUCUAUUCUGCGUUAAUGAGUGGAGGAUCAUCGUUACAAAGUUCUAAUGGUGAAAAAGAUAUGGAUCAUGAGGAAAUCACUGUAAAUUAUUCCAAAUCUGAUUUGAAGUCGUCCGGAUCAUCUGAAGACUUCCAGACUGGAUUUGAGAGUAAAUUGACAUUGGUUAUGAAUAAAUUUGAUGAGUAUAUUGAGGAGAAUUUACGGAAUAAACUUAGGGAAAGUGUGAUCCAGGUUUUGUGUGAUGAAAUUGGUAAGAUCCGUUUAGAAUCGGAUACAGAAAUUAAGGAGUUGGAAGCUCAAAUACAGCAGGACAAGCAGGCUUAUUCCGUGGAGACAAGAAGACUCAGGGAGCUGUUGGCAUCCGUCAAGGCCGGUAACACUGAUAUCGACGUCCUGAGAGAGGAACUUGCUGUUAAACAUGAGAAAGAAAUGGAGAAUUUGAGGACAUAUUUUGAGAAGAAAUGUUCUGAUAUGGAGAGGAGUUACUCUGAAGAAGUGUGGCGCGGGCGCGCGUGCGCGUCUCCGUCGCUGGAGGCGCCGGACGCGGGCGGCGACUGGCGCCGGCGCGCGCGCAGCGCCGAUCUCCCGUCCUUGUCUCUCGAGUCUACCCCUCUGGAGCAAGCCCUGAAGCAAACAUGCAAGAAGUAUGAACAGCAAAUAGAGGAUCUCAAGGUGGAACACUUAGCUUACGUCAAUGAUUUGCAGCGGCGGCACCAGGAGACCAUAGCUUCGCUGGAGGAGCAGAUAACUCAGUUAAAAGCCCACAUACAAACCUCGGAGAACUCUGACGGGAAUGUUAUAUACCAGCAAGAUAUCGACUUGGAACUAGAAAAGAAAAGGGAGGCAGAGAUUGAGAGAAGGCUCGAUGAAGUCAGGAAGGAAGUGGCGCAACAGUUGCAAGAACAAAUACAGGUGCUGUUGUCGGACCCCGACGCGGAGGUGUCCAGCUGGCCUGUGGAGCUCGUGGCGCUGCGAGACAAGAUACACGGCGACGCCCGCCAGGAAAAGGAGUUGUCAAGUCUCCGCGACGAGCUCUCCGAAGACAAAUGGAAGCAGCGUCGCAACCUCAGCUUCGACCAGAACAGGCAUCUUGAGGAGGUCACGAAGGAGAGGGAUGGGCUGAAGCGCGUGGCGUUGAGCCUGCACCGCGUGGUGGGGCAGCUAGUGGCGUACUGCGCCUGCGCAGAGGACGAGCUCAACCGCACCGUGGUCGCGCAGCUGCUGCGGCGGCUGGCCAGCGACGCCGACCAAACAUUCUGCUCUGAAGACUCUAGGCCGACUACUCCCAGCGGCCUCGACCUCAAUCUAUCCACGAGCCUCGUGUCCCGCGAGAAACACGUCCACUUCGCUCCAGACCUCAACUCCAUACUAGCGGAGUUGGACGACGAGGGGGUCGUAGGGUUCCUGCAGGAGCAGAGGGAUUUGAGUCUGGAUAUCAAGCAGGAGUUGGAGAUCUCUUUGAAGAGACUGAGGGUCGAAGCCCAGGAGCUGUUGGAGUUGUCUUCCAGGUUGAACAGAACCCGCAGUGAGUCGAAGAUGAUCGACGCGACGCCCGUCCAGAUAACUGAGUUGGUGCACGAGUACGACAUGAAGAGCCACUGUGACAACUGCGAACUGCACAGGAAGACCAUGGAAGAAGCGAUGGCCGAGUGCUUACAACGUGAGAAUCUCCUGCGAUCCGAUUUGGAAGCGGCCAUGAUGAAGAUAGCGCAGCUCAUGACCAAUGAGAGAGCGAAUUCCACUGACAUCAUAGCUGAAGGGUACGGCACUGGCAGCACCCAGCCCACGGCGGGCCGCGUGCGGCUGUCCGCGACUUCGCCCGCGCGCACUUCCAGCUCAGACACCACGCAGCACGACGUCGACACUCUGUUGCUCGAGAGGGAUGACCUCUUGCAGCAGAUAAAACGGAUGACAGAUUCGCCCGUGCAUAAGAUAUGUUGCGAGAAGCUGGAGGCGGCAAACCGGCAGCUGCGCAGCACGCGGCAGUUCGUGGAGGAGCAGGCGGCCGAGCGCGAGGCUGAGCGCGACGACGCUGUGCGCAGCCUCGCGUUGUUGCGGGCCGACAAUCUGCGGCUCAGCGCCCGGCUGCAGGCCAACCACGACAUACUCGCCGAGAUGCACCGCUUACGGACCCCCUGCGACUGUCGCACGCAUCACGCAUAUGUCGAACAAUUAGAAACUCAGACUCGCGAAAUGAAUCAAAUAAUAAACGAACUAGAAGCACGCAAGGCUUCGGCAGACGAAGAGCUAAAAGCAACAGAAGAAAAGAUUACCCUUCUUCGAGAUAUCAUCGCUAAUCUCGAAAACCAAUUGGAGGCAAAGACCAAUCACGAGACGGAGAUAUUGGCGCAGUUGGAGGAAAUGAGAAAGACUAUAGACGAUAGAGAUAGCAAGAUGAGAGCGGUGUUGGGGGAGUUGGAGUCACUGAAGAGUGAACAGAUUAACAAUAGUGAGGUGACGUGUGUGAAGUGUGGCCAGGAGGAGGACAAGUAUGCUGAGCUUGUGGAAAAGAUAAAGGAACAGUGCGCGUGCAUAGAGGACCGCAUCCACCGACGCACGCUGCAGCUGCAGCGCUCGCACGAGGUCUGCUCCGCCGCGUGCAGCGAACCCAGCGAGGAUGUCUCUUUGAGAGACCAGAAGAAACUAACGAAAGAGACUGAGCCGUCGUCCCCGGUAGCGUCGUCGCCGAGUCCCCGCAGCCCGGCGCUGCCGGAGCUGUGCGGCGUGUGGGAGUGCCUGCAGGCGCAGUGGCGCGCGGAGGACGCGGCGCUCAAGAGGAUCGCCGACCUCGAGAUGCAGCGGGCGCAGCUCAACAACGUCGCUCAGGAGGUCCGCGCCGAGCGCGAUGUCCUGCAAGCGCGCAUGUCCGAGCAAGCGCUGAAGAUAUCGUCGCUGUCGGCCAGACUGCAGCAACAGAGGAACGACGCCGAAGCGCUUGCGCACCACGCCGCCAGCCAGCUGUGUGUGCAGCUGCACGAUGCUAAUGCUGAGAUACAACGCAUGAAAGAAGAGCUGGAAUCCAAAGAGAAGCAACUAACAAGAGUGAAGCUGAACUUGGAAGAGAGGGACAAACUCAACGAGCAACAUCACACUUUAUAUGGAAACUCAUGCAACCCGAAAGACAAAGUGAUAAUCCUAGAACGCGAGCUAUCCUCAGCUCAAAGCCGCAUCGCUCAACUAGAAUCGUUGGCGCGUAGUCUCGAAACUGAUAAAGAAGAGUUGCAAGCUCAAGUCAGAGACCAGAGAAGAGAGUUAGCAGAGAAGGAGGAACAGUUACAGGAGUUAUUAGCUCUAAAAUUAGACGAUGACCACCAGAGAGAUGAAAAGAGUGAAAUUAUCGAAGGGAAAACUUCGGCCCGAACGCUUAGCGAUAUCGUUUCGAUAUCGGAAUUCGAUGAACAGGAUUUACAGAUGAGACGGGCGGAAUUAAAGGCUCAAAAUAUGAGCAUUACUGGCGCGCCUUUCGUGACUGACGUCAAAGAGAAGAGUCAAUUGAAUAGGACGUUACCCCCGGAAUUGACACGAGCGAAUAUGAGCUCUUUGAACGUCGAAGCAGACCAUUAUGACGUACAACACACGCCGCGAGCUGAUUCACUCCCGGCGAAUCUCACUUCAACACAGAACAAAGACAUAAUCAAACAAUACAAACGAAAUGUCAAUGAGACUACCAUGUUCGGGACUAUAGAUAAAUUUGGAGACAGCAUGAAGCAUUCAACUGCACAAAAAAUACCUGAUAAUUGCUCCAUGUAUCCCAAUAGAGAUGUUAGUGAAAGUAAAGAUAUAAGCGUUCAACCGAAGAAGAUUGACUUCUCAAUUGAAGCAUCUAAUGAUAACAGAACGCAUGAAGAAGAAGAAUUCACUUCGCUACGAGAAUUAGGAAUAAUACUUGAUAUAAAACAAGAGAAUUUCCCUGAUAUUUUAACCCAAUUAAAACAUGAGAUUAAAAAAUCUAGAUCUGAGUUAGAAAAUUGUAAAUCUGAACUAAAGAAUGCCGAAGAGCAAUUGUGUGAAUUCCCCGCGCUCAAAGAAGAGGUUGAGGAACUUAAAGGCUUAUUAGAAAACACAAUGGCUACCAUGGAAAAUGAUAAAAAAUUCUAUGAAAACCAGUUGGACAAUUUCUCGUCUAACAAAAAAUUACUGGAACAGAGAGUAGCCGAACUUUCACAAGAAGUUAACGACAAAUCCAAAGAUUUACAUUUACUGAAAGAGGAUAUUCUGAGGCGAGAAAAUAUGAUAUUAGAAUUAGCUAAAGAAAAACGUAACUUGACUAACAAACUAACUGAACUAGAAGUUAAAAUCGACGAAGUCAAAAGCAGAAAUUCUUCAUUGGAAAAGAGUGAAUCUGAAAACCACCAAUUGAGAGAGAAAGUAAACGAACUUAACAAAUUAGAGCAAUUAGUUUCUGAGAAAAAUCAACAGAUAGAUAGUUUAAACCAGCACUUAGAUAGAUUUGAUAACUUGCAAAGGUGUCUCAACGAUAAAACUGAAGAGUUUGAGAAUUUGAAAGAGGCAUUUGAAGAAAAAUCUAACGAAUUAUUCCAACUGCAAGAUACAGUCGACGCUUUGACUCGUGAUUUGAACGAAGCUAAAGAAGAAAACAAUAAUUUGAUAACAAACAAUAAUGAAUUAAAACUUAAGCUAACAAAACUAGAAAAAGAACAAGAGAAUGCGUCGAUAAAGUUGCAUAAUAGUGAAAGUGAAUUGGAACGUUUGAACUCUUUGAACAAGGAAUUGACUACGAAAAUUGAUGAGUUGAAGUUACUGACAGACAAACUGAAAGACAAGGAGACAGAGAUAGAAAUAUUAAACGAAGACAUAAAUUCUUUCCAUGAAGAAGUGGCAACUUUAAAAGAGCAAUUAAAGAUGGUUUCUCGCAGUCCGUCGCCUAGGAAUAAGCAGGACAGUGAAGGGCGGAAGGAAAAAGAUGCAAGUAGCGAUAAGAAGCAGUUGGUGAAGAUAAGAAAGCAGAUCACUCUACUGCAACAUGAACUGGACUUCAACAAGAAAGAGCUUAAUGAUAAAGCAUUCGAGCUAGCAAAAGCAAAGUUAGACGUGACCGAAUUGAAGAACAAUCUAGGAUUAGCCAACAAGCAAGUGGUGGAGAAGGAAACGAACAACAACGAGCUGAAACAGAGAAACGAGACCUUACGGCAGGAGGUCGAGAAACUUACUGCUGAGAAACAACAGGUCAAUGACCAACUUAGACUGCUUUCAGCCAGAAUGCGAGAAGAGACGAAUGUUUCAGAGUUGAGAGCCAAACUUCAGGAGAAAGUAGAACGAUGUCAGGAGUUGGAAGCUGAGCUGCAGGAUAUGAAGGAUCUGAUUGAGAGGAUGGGCGCCCGCGACGGGCGCUCGCCCACGGCGGAGCUGGAGCGCGCGCUGCGCGACCAGCUGCACUACAGCCACGCGCUCGACGAGGACAUCAUGGACCAGAUUCUGUCUGCGAGCAGCGACGAGCGUGAAGAUAUACCAAGAUUGGCUUUGAAUACAUCGAAGUCGUCGAGUUCUAUUCACUCGUCGUCGUCUGAGCGGCUCGGGCGCAUGCGCGCCGAGAACGAGAAGCUGCAGCUGCAGGUCAACAACCUCGAGGCGCGGCUACUGGACAAGGACGCGCUCAUCACCGAGCUCAACAGGAUCCGCGACAAGCUGGUAGCGGACAGCCAGACGAGCAAGCUGCGAUACGAAGCGGAGCGCGACAACUCCGCGCGGCUGCAGCUGUUGCUGGACACGCACAAGGACACCGCUGAUAGCUUGCAGCACCAAGACUCAAACAUGAUCCAGAUUCUAAAGAAGCGUCUAGAAAGUUCGAUGCAGUCGGAGCUGGAGUUGCAACAGAAGGAGCAGCAGCUGCGAGGCCGCGUCGCGCAGCUGGAGCGGCAGCUGCUGGCCGACACCGACCUCUCCGCGCGGCAGCUGCUGCAGGACCAGGUAGACAUGAACUCUCGACUGGAGGGCGAGCUGACAGUAGCGAAGUCGAAGCUGGAGCUGGAGCGCGCGCGCGGCGCGGAGCAGCGCAGCGCGCUCGAGCGCCGGGCGCUGCGCGCGCGCCGCGACCGCGACCUCGCGCACGCGCGCUGCGCCGCCUUGCAAGCCGACCUCGCCGACACCAAGAGACAAAAACACGAUACGAGCUUGGAGCUCCUCCGAACGAAGGAACUGCUCAGCACAAAGACGAGCAACAUUGAGGAGCUGGAGCGGAAGCUGACGAAGUUGACUGCCGGGGACAAUAAACGGGGACACAUCGCUGAUGCGCUGACGGAGAUCGAAGCCCACAAAAGCGAGUUGACCCGAGAAAUAGCCAGCCUCAAAAAGUGCCUUUUGGAGAACAACGGGCCGGAGGUGCAGACGCUGCGCUCUGAGAAGCUGCAGCUGACGGAGCAGCUGCAGCUGCUGGCGUCCCAGCUGCCGCAGCCUGAUGAGAAGGAGCAUGCGAUCCGUUACCUGCACGGGCGCUGCCUGCGGCUGGAGAGCUGCCGCAAAGCGCUGGUGUGGCAGAAGCGCUACCUGCAGCGCGUGGUGGCGGGCUACGCGGAGCUGGAGCGGACGUUGAGAUUGCCCACGAGGACCGAGCGCAGCUCCGGCAAGAAGAGAUUCAAAUGCGUGGCAACGGUGGUGACGAUCGUGCUGCGCAUGGAGUUCCUGGUGCGGCGGCGCGUGCGCGCGCGCGCGCUGGCGGCCGGCGCCGUGCUGCGCGCGCGCAACCACACGCCCAUGAGCCAGUUCCAGUCCCGCUCGCCGCCGUCCCGCGAGUGCCCCGCCGCCCCCACCCCCGCCCCCACCGCCAACGUCGCCCGCAGAGUGCUCAAACAGGAACUGAGGUUGAACUUACCGCCUUCACCGUCACUGAUUGGGGGCGAGUUCGUCCGCCGCUCUCCUUACAACACUCCGCGCGAUGAUCCUUUUAUACUGAGUUCUCCUCGCGGUGAAGUAGCGUCAGCAUACCUCAACAAGCUGGAACUGGUCAGCCGCUGUCUCAACCACGCCAUGGACUCCGCCAGAGACCAACACUGCGCGACACCUAGCGACAAGCAAUGAUAACUAGCGAUAUGACGUCAUGUCGUGAGUGAUCCCUUGUUUUUGCAACUAGUACGUAUCGCUGGCUUUGAUUGGUUUUUAUUUUAUCAGCAAAAUGUAUUGAAAAUUAUCUAAAUUAAGAAAUUUAUACACAUAUAUAUAUAUAUUGGGAAAUGUAGUGGUGCAUAUUUUUGUUAUCUUUAAUUAACAACCAAUAAAACUUUGAAUAAUCCUAAAUGGAUUUAAAUUAAAUGAAACCUGAACUCAUACUAUAAUUAAUUACAAAUUAAUAAUUAUGAUUUUAAAAAACAAGCAAUAAAAACUCAUUAAUAAAUUGUAAAAAAAAAACUUAUCAAAAACUUCGAUACGUACCUGCAUUUCGAUUUCGUAUGAUUUCCCAUGCAUUUCCUAGCGUUGGCCAAGAUAAGUAUUAGACUAGUGCCAAACGGAACGAAUACUUGUGUUACUUAAUUUAUUUUAGAUGUAAUUAGGUUAAAUUGAACGGAGUACGUGAUUCCAUGUUUUUCGAUUGUUGCCACUCCGCCUAUGUUUUUUUCUUUCGUAUUUUUUUUUACUGUGCGAGAGAGAAAGAAUAAAUGUAUUUUGUUAAGCCCUUACGUUUUCGCUGCGUGGAUUUUUUAUUAUAAUUAUGUUGUAGAGUUAACAAAAGCAUGCUGAAUGUACUUUUUAGUUUAUUAUUGUUAUGUCGACGACUAGGCAGCGGAAGGGGAAGGGCGUUUAGUUGUAUAUUUCAUAUCUUCGAGACACGCGUCGUCCGAACUUGCCUUAGAACAUAUUAACAGUUUUGAUGUACAGAUAUUUGUAGACGUAUUUAGCGGUAUUUUUCAGAUUUAUUUAUUACCUUUUGUACAGAUGUGUGCCCUCUCUAAUAUUGACAUCUCUGUAUAUCAUCUCUAAUAUUGACAUCUCUGUAAGCUCUUGUAGCAAAUUAAAACAACGAUAGUUUAAUUUUUGAGAAUGUUGUUCGGUCCCGCUAUAUUUGAACACAAAAUGUGAAAAAUGUCCUCGACAUCGAGGACAUUUUUCACAUUUUGUGAAAUAUAUUUUAUAAAAAUUAAAGCUCCCGUAUUGACGAUUUUUGACAAUUCGUCGGAAAAUUAAAAAAUGUCUCAGUCGACAUUUAGCCCCAAGUAAAGUCUUGGAAAAUAUUUUGAUUGAAGUUAAUACUAGAUUUGAACGUCAAAAUCAGAUUGGAAUCUCGUUUUCUAUUGGCAUAACAAUGGAAAUGUUCGCAUGCUUACUUGUUUAAGUCUAUUUCCAAGAAACGUUAAAUGGUAUGUUCUUGCUGAAAGCACAAUUUUUUGUAGAAAAUAAACUUCAAGUCCAACCUUAUAUCACUUCAGUCCAUCGUCGAUUCAAAUACAUUCAAUAUCUUUUAAAAUCGUCAAAUACGGGAGCGAGCACUAGUUAAUAAGGCACGCGCACAAACCCAAGCCAUCACUAGUAUAAUGAAAGGUACGACGGACGCACGAUAGUACAAGUUAGGAUUAGAAUAGGGACGCGACCGAGCCGACCGACCGAUAUUGUGACGACUAGCGCAGGUGUGUAGCCUUUUAUCCAUUAUUCUAUAUAACAUAACUACCGAAUCCGAAACCGAAAUUGUGAAGUGAAAAUUAUGAUAUUUAGCUACAAUAUGUCACAAAGAUGAAAUAUGAUUUGUAAAAAAAAAUAUACUUUCAAAUAAUGAAUUAUUACUUUUAUUAAUUGGCAUGUAAUAUUUGCAAUAUACCAAUUAGAAUCGUGUGUAGAAAAAAAUUUUUAAAUGAUACUAAAUGCAUUGCCUACGGCUGGUCCGUAUUCAUAUAACGUACAAAAGCUACACACAUGCGCGAGAGUUUUGUAAAACAUUCGCGAUUAUCGACUGUAUGUAUUUUAUUUUCGUUUUGAAAUGGAAUGGUCGAUAAUAGCGAUUGUUGUUUAACGAUGGACAAUAUUGUGUAAGCCAAAGCUAACGAAAGUAUUACGAAAGCUGUGUUUUAUAAACAAUUCCAUAUUUUCAUAUUCUUUGGCACAUUUUCAACUUAUUGUUAUGAGCUUAUGACUCGAAUUACGUACAAAAAUAGUAUUAAUUCUAAAUAUAACGAAAGAAACAGGUUGUAUUUUUUAAAUAAUAACUGUCAAUUAUUAGAAAUAAUAAUGUUUAUUGUGCACAUUGUUUAAGAAGUAAAGAAUUUUCUUUGUGUUAUAUGUUCAAUCAAAGUACCUUCGUGUAAUUUAAAUUUUAACGUACGUAAUUGAGUCCACUGUUUCCCAACGAGCACCUACCAUCUACACUCAACGCGACCAAAGAUUCAUUAGUAAGCUAGUUGUAUUUAAUUUGUAAAUUAGUUUAAAAUUAAUAUAAACACCGAUUAGGACGUAAACCAUACAAUUUAUUACUGUAAACACACAAUAAAUUUGACAUCCACUAUUUCUCUAGUCACGAUUUAAAUUUUCAAUCACACUUGUGCCAUAAAUGCUCUCUAUACGUUCAGAAGAUGAUGCGAAAUAAACGUAAUUUUGUAAGAAA